UUCGGAGAUUUCGAUUCACCAAUAGUAAAAGAUUACAUUCCGCCACCAUCUUCACUUUCAGCUCUUAUGUAUGGUGAUAAUCGAGGGAUUCAAGGUCAUAACAAUUCCUGUUACCUGGACUGUACACUAUUUAGUAUGUUUUGCUGUAGCUCUAAUUUCGACGAGAUGCUACAACCCGAAAAUUUUUCUAACGCCGACGAAAAUUUAAAAGAAAUUCAGGGUUGCCUAAGUAGUGGAAUUGUUAAUUGCUUAAGAAGCCAUGGUUUCGUUCGAGCUGAUCGUGUGGCUAGAUUUAGGCAGAUUUUGGAAGCUACUGGCCAGAUAAAAGGUGUACUUGACCAAGAAAAAGAUCCAGAGGAAUUUAUCAAUUUUUUAAUGAAUCUCCUGUGGCCAAAGAAGCCAUUGCUGGAAUUAAAACUUAUAUCAACAAACAAUUCGUAUGAUGGCAAUAUUCUUCAAAUUCUUGGUGUAAGAGAUCCAAGAGAAACAAUGCCGACGCUGCAAAAUUUGUAUGAAAAGUCCAUGAUAUUUUCUGAUAUUAAAUUUGCUAAGGUCAGCUUAAUGCCUUAUAGGCCACAAACAAAUGAUUGUAACAACAAUCAUAGAAUUCAACUGAAUUUAUUUGCUGUUAUUUGUAUCUCCAUAUCCCACUAUGUGGCAUUUGUUCGCUGUGGUAACAAAGUCGACUCGAAUUGGUGUUUCUAUGACAGCAUGUUUGAUCGUGAUAUUACUGGUUACAAUAUUCCCCGCGUAGAAAGAUUAGACGAUGUAGCAACGUGGCUAAGUGAUCAUAGAUACGCUUGUGAGGGCUAUUUAAAUGAGAAUGUACCAGAUCGUUUACGGCGAUUAUUUGAAGAUGCAUAUAUUUGUAUGUAUAGCUCCGAUUAA